AUGUCGUCAAGAGCAUCCGAGGACCCGGCCUCCGGGGGGGCGUCCGUGUCGCUGGCCACCAGCCCCUCGGUGCCGCCGGCUCUCACGCUGGACGGCACGCACUUCGUGUACCACCGCAUCUCCGGGCUGUACCUGGUGAUCACAUCGCGCUUCAACAUCUCCCCCGCCUGGGCCAUUGAGAUCCUCCGGCGCAUUGGUCUCCUCAUCCAGGACUACUGCGGCAUCCUGAGCGAGCACAGCAUCAAGGCCAACUUCGUGCUGGUGUACGAGCUGCUGGACGAGAUCAUUGACUUCGGGUACCCGCAGUCCACGGCCCCGGAGCAGGUCCGCGUCAGCAUCUAUGCCUCGGCCAUUGACCCGACCAAGCUGGCGCGCCGGUCAGCCGGGGCCUCGCUGGCCUCCGAGUCCGACACCUCGCAGCUCAUUUCGCGCGUCAUCCGCGGGACGCGCCCCACGACCGGACGCGAUAUGGGCUUCGCCGCUGCCGCCGCUGCCGCCGCCGCCGCCGCCGUCGGCCCCCCUGCAUAG